AUGGUGGACAAAAACAGGGACUCUGAGGGAGAAAAAGGAUCUGCCCGCAAGGCCCGGAAGCCCCUGGUGGAGAAGAAGCAGCGCGCGCGGAUCAACGAGAGCCUACAGGAGCUGUGGCAGCUGCUGGCGGGCACCGAGGUGCAGGCUAAGCUGGAGAACGCUGAGGUGCUGGAGCUGACGGUGCAGCGCGUGCUGCCGGAGUGCUGCGGAGCAGGGCUUGCGGGUGCGAGCAGCUGCAGGCAGAAGCCAGCAAGCGCUUCGCUGCCGGCUACAUCCAGUGAACCCCCUACUUGAGUCCAUACCACUGCAAAAGGGCAGCGGCUUCCGGGAUUUGCUGGAGGACGCUCUGGCCGGGCCCCCGGGAGACCCUAGGCGGAGCAGCUGGCACACAGGAGGGGCUGAUAUCCCCUUCUAGUGCACUCCCUUGAAAGAGGCCUGGUUGCUGCUCUGCCACAAAGGGAACUGGUAGAAAGGCAAGAAAGCAGGGCCUUAAGGGUUAACAAAAGGGCACUCUCCCUGGACCUGGGAGCCAUCAGGACUUUGAAAUUCUCUAAGAGAGGAGGAGUCUGACUCAGAGACUGGCCGAAACCUUUGUUGGGUUAGAAGAACCGGAGGCUGCAUAUUGAACUUAUAGACUGCAGUUUGCUGGGCAGAGGUCCAAGCCCAGUUAUAUAGGGGUUAAACUACCUGUGUACAGCAAAACAACUUUCUCCUGUGCCAGAAUACAUUUUAAGAAAAUUGAAUGCAUAAUAGACCAGUAAGCUGGGACAAGUAGAAUAGGGAAACUGAGCAGAAAUCCUAUCUUCCCUAAACCAAUGACACUUGGGAGUAAAUGCUUUGCAUUUGCCUCCCUAAACAAAGGUUAAAUCGUUUAUGUCAAUCUGAUUAGUGUCAUUUGUUGUCACUGGGUGUGGGACAAAUGAAGUUAGAAAAUAAGCCUUAUUUUGAUUAGUUCUUUUAUUCAGGAGGAGCCAACCCGGUCCCUCCCUGCAACAUGAAUGAUAAAAUGUAUGUUAAGGAAUUUAAAAAUUGCUCAAACCUCGCUGCCUUGGGUCCAGUUAUGCAUGUGUAAGAAGGCAGACCUCCUCGGACUGGCAACAGCUGACUCUGACUAGGACAGACUGGGCUUUUUCCAACUGGGCCAGACUGUGAACUUUAUGAUUGAUACAGCGGCAGAACACUCGGUAGUUACUCAGAAGGUAGCUCCCCUCUCAGGACAGGAAGUCACCACUAUUGGAGCUACCGGUACCACAGCUGCAGACUGUUCUGCCGCCCCCGCCGAUGUCAGUUAGGCGGCCAUCAGGUGGUUCAUGAAUUCCUAUAUUUACCAGUUGACCUGGUCCCUCUAAUGGAAGCAGAAACCACUUUUGCCCCAGAUGGCUCAGCACAGCCUUGCCUAGGUGAAGAGACCUCUCCAAUGAUCCUGUCCUUAGCAGUGCCGAGAGAGGAAGAAUGGAGACUUUAUACCCCUCAGCCAAAGGCCCUCACAUCUGUUCUUGUCAGGCCCCCAUUAGGGGACUUGGGCAGUGUUCCUGUUAUCUGCCCAAAUUCCCAAGACUGUAAAAGUACUUGUUCACUGAAAA